UGCUUACAGGCCUAACCAAUGGACACAGACCACAGACAGGUCGGUGUGGCCUUUGAGGAUGUCGCCGUGUGUUUCUCCAGGACAGAAUGGCGACUCCUUGAUGAGGCUCAGAGACGCCUAUACCUCGAGGUGAUGCUGGAGAAUUUUGCUCUUGUAUCCUCACAGGGUUGCUGCUGUGGCAGUCAGGAUCUGGAGGCAUCCACUGAACAGAGCGUUUCUGUCAGAGUGUCACAGGCACAGAAGACCAACGUAGCUUCGUCUUCCCAGACGAGCCAUCCCUGUGAGCGUUGUGCUGCAGUCUUGAGGGACAUUUUCCAGGUGCUUGAGCAGCAGGGAACGCAAGAUAGUACGACACUGCUGAGAUGUGGCGCAUGUGCAAAAUCAUUUUAUUUUAGUACACAGUUUCACCAGCACCAUAAGCAGCACAUGAGAGCAGAGUGUUUGAUAAGAGGUGUGGACAGGGCCUCACUUGUGAAGAGCUGCACAUUCAGUGUGUCCCAGAAGCUUUUUACCUGUCAGAAGGUCAGAGACAGCAUCCUUACUGCCUCUGGACAACUCCAACACCAGGCUACUCAUACCAUGACUAAACCAAGUGAAAUCUCCAUGUCUGGGGUGACAUUUCAAAACAGAAAAAGUUACCAAAGCAAGAAAGCCUGUAAAAAAGCCAUGAGAGGCAACAACACACUUGGUCUAGAUCAAGCUGUCCAUACUGGAAGGCAGUGUUUUGUGGGCACCGAAAAUAAAAAAUAUUUUAAAGAAAUCUCUGGACUUAAUUGUCAUCAGAAAGUUCCCUCAUUGGAAAAGCCAUAUGAGUGCCUUGAGUGUGGAAAAUGUUUUAAAGAACAUUGGAUCCUUAUUCAACACUGUCGAGUUCAUUCUGGAGAAAAGCCUUAUGAGUGUGGCGAAUGUGGCAAGUCCUUUAGCCAAAGUGCUGGCCUGACUAGACACCAGAGAGUUCACACUGGGGAAAAGCCAUAUGAGUGUGGUGAAUGUGGGAAAUCCUUCAGCCAGAAUUCCAGCCUCAUUCACCACCAAAGGGCUCACACUGGAGAAAAGCCUUAUGAGUGUGGCGAAUGUAGGAAAACCUUUACCCAGUGUUCCAGCCUCAUUGAACACCAAAGGGUUCACACUGGAGAAAAACCUUUUGACUGUAGCGAAUGUGGAAAGUGUUUUACCAGAAUAGCCUGUCUUCGUCGUCAUCGGAGACUUCACUCUGCUGAAAGGCCUUAUGGGUGUAACGAAUGUGGAAAAUCUUUUAAGAGGAAAUCUCUCUUUUGUUAUCAUCAGAGAUUACACACUAGGCAAAGUUUGUAUGAGUGCAGUGAAUGUGGGAAAGCUUUUAUCCAUAGCUCUGGACUCCAUUAUCACCAGAGAGUUCACAACGGAGAAAGACCUUAUAAGUGCACUGAUUGUGGGAAAUCUUUUAUCAGGAACUGUGACCUUCAUAGCCAUGAGAAAGUUCAUACUGGAGAACGACCUUUUGAGUGCAGUGACUGUGGGAAAUCUUUUAUCAGGAACAGUGACCUUUAUAAACAUCAGAGAGUUCACACUGGAGAAAAACCGUAUAAGUGCAAUGAUUGUGGGAAAUCUUUUACCCAUAGCUCUGGACUCCAUUAUCAUCGGAGAGCUCACAGUGGAAAAAGGCCUUAUGAGUGCACUGAUUGUGGGAAAUCUUUUAUCAGGAAUUGUCAUGUUCAUACUCAUCAGAGUUCACACAAAAGAAAGGCUUUUUGAGUACUGUGAA